CAAUGGUUUAACUGACAAGUGGUCACUGACCAGUGGUCAAGCUAUUUAUAUAGUCAAUCUGACCUGUUGUUAAGCGACUACAGUCAUGAUAAUUUGGCCUCAAAUACAAACGCAGUUGCUUUCCUUCAACCAAAGACAAAAUGUCGCGCUUCCAGUUUCUGUCUUCAGCAGGUUGCACUUAUGUGCUUGGUACUGCUGAUGAUGAGGAUGAAUAUGACGAAGACAGUGAGGAUGAUGAGGCCGUUGAGGAACAAGACGAUUCAUGUCCAGGAGAUCAAAACUUAAAGACUGACACCUUGCAUUUAAGUGAAGAAAUUGAACAAAACAGAAGGCACUGUUUAGUUUCUGAUGGGAGCACUGUAGUAAGUAAUGACAGCACUGAUGUGGUGGUAACAAAAGCAAAUGAACCAAUUGAGAACAGACAGCACUUUUUCGUUUCAGAAGUUGAUAGCAAAGGGAAUGACACUGACACUAAUGAGGUUUCAGUUGAUGAACAGUUUGGACUGGAGAAAGUUGAACGAAGCAGAAGUCAAAUUUCUGUUUGUGGAGAGGGACUUACAGAAAUUAGAGCAGAAGUGAAUGACAGUGACGUAUUCAUUGAGGCUGAUGAGCACAUUGAGCAAGGAACCGGACAAAGCUGUUGUGAGAAUUUUGUAUCCGAGAGGACAGUGGGAAGUCAGCAAGCGAUUGACAACAAUUUGUUGUUAAUAGAGACAAGUGGGCGGAUUGAGCAUGGAGGAAUAAGACAUUCCCAGCAAGUGAAAAGUAAAAGUCAGCUGACUGCUUCUGGUGGAAAUGUAAAAUUAGAAAUAGAAGAGAAUGGCACUGAUGUAGUUGUAGCUGAGGCAAAUAAACAGUUCGGACAUAAGGAAAUUGAACAAAAUGGAGGUCCAUCUUCUGUUUUUGAAGAAACAACAGAAGUUGCUGAAGUGAAUACAACUGAUGUGUCUGCUGAGAUAAGUGUAGACACUGUUCAAGAAACUGAACAAAGCAGCAGUAACAGUUCUGUCUCUGUGAAGGUAACAGAAGGUCAAGAAAAAGUGGUUGACAAUGUUGUAACUGCAGAGAGAACACAGGUUGAACAAAAUAGGAACUGUGGUUCUGCAUCUGGGGUGCCCACCUGCAGAAGUGUGCCUUUGGAGCCUCAUAAGUUCAAUGACCCAGAGAUCUGCACUUAUGUGGCUAGUGGACGUAAUGAAUCUUUGCGAAAUUGUGAAGACAUUGGGUGUCCUGAGAACUCUACUGACGAUACUGACCCUCAGAUCUCUGCUCACAGCGCUGAAAUCAUAGAACCUGCACCUAAUGCUAAUGCUCAGAAUGGUGCAGACAUUGACAGUUCUCAGCUCCUUGUUCACAUAGCUAGCCCAAUUACUGCUAGGGACAAUGAUGCAAUGCAAGACUCCUGGAAGGGUGCAUGCGACAAACUCAAACAGAAAGAUAACACUUCAGACUCUAGUUGUGUUCAUAAGACCAUACCAGUGGAAGAUUUGGAUGUUCACGAUCAUUCCGGUAGCGUGUGGAAACAUAAUGGCUCCCAUGACCACGAUAAUGAGAGUACUCCAAAUUCCAUGUUUGCUGAUGCCAGGCUGUGUGUGGCCAGGCAAGAGGCAAAGCAGAUUGAUUAUAAGAAACCUGUUUUGUUGUCAGAUAUUGCUAGAAUUCACAUACCAAGAAGCAGCACAAAGUUGGGUCUUGAUGUCAAAGAUCCUCGAGUGAGGCCGUGCCCGGAAUUCAGCAAGUCGGAGCCGAAGAGUAAGAAUAUUAAUCAAAGCAGUGAUAGACAUGUUAGCAAAGGAAAUGUUGCUGGCUCCAAAAAAAAUGAGGCACGUGCAACUAAAAACAAGACCACUGAAAAGUUGAAAGACCCUAGAAAACUGUGCACGGUAUAUUGUGAUCCACAUAAAAAGUCAAGAAGUGCAAAACCUAAAUUGCCUUCUGAUUCAAAGCUGGCAAAAGAUAUGGUGGACAUUGGUGACAGUGUCUCAAAAAGUGUCCAAAAAGUGUCUGAGAAAAGACAAUUAGGUGCUGACUUGAAGUUUCAGGUUUCAGAUACCUGUGAAAAAGAAAACAGUAUUUCUUCUCGCAAGGAUGAUAGAAGAUUGAGUAAACCGAGGCCUUCAGACAAAAGUAAGAAUGUUUCUAAGAAGUCCACAUCUGUUGAAAAACACACCAAAUCAUCAGGUAAUAUGGCAAAAGGCAGUCAAGUACCGGAGGACAAGAAAAACCUGCUGCUUGGAAAAAGAAAAAUGAGUCCUGUGAUCGCAUCUGAAGUACGUGGCACAAGCCCCUCCAUUGUCAGAAAAAGAAAAGUUACGGCUGAUGUAACUGGAGAUCAUGCUAUCACUGAGUGCAAGAAGUCAAAGACAAGUGAAGGGAUUUUGAAGUCUAGAAAGCAGAAGCUGCAACCAGUUAUAAAAUCAGACAGAAAAUGUUCCCAGUCUGUAAGUGAUCCUAUGAAACAGACACAGUGUAAGAAAACAAACUUCAGCUCACCUUCUGAAAAGAGAAUUAAAAUGAGCUGUGUGACUUUUGAAAAGGUUGAACAUGUACAUAGAGACAAAGCACCUUCCACAGUUAAAGUGACUGGUGAGGGUAACAAAAGAAACAUUAGAAUGUGCACCAAAGAUAAAUAUGGAGAGAUUUCUAUCUGUUCAUCUUGUUUGUCAGCGUACAGUCAGUCAAAUGAGUUACGGUCCAAGCUGAAUAGUCUCUCGUACAUAGACAAAACAAAUAGUGAAAUUUGUUUACAAUGCUCCCGGCCUCUGGCUUCUAAACAAUUUGUGUGUCCCAAGUGCCACUCAGUGUUUCGGAAUGUUGUGACCUUCUGUGCUCAUACUGAUAAUGCCAGUGGUUCCCAAAAAGAGGCGCAAAAGUUUAAGUGCCACUGUGGACUGAAGUUCUCUUCUCGUUUCCACUAUUAUGAGCACAUUGCUUUCUCUCCUUGCUCAAGGAUAUGUGGGCAUUGUGAAAUUUUAUUUAAGUCAAAACAGGAAAAAGCUACACAUAUUUGCCCUUGUAGUGAUACAUCCCAGGAGUCAGAAUGCAGGAUACCUUCGUCUGACCCGGAUCAAGUUUCAGAGUUCCAGUGUUAUAUUUGCAAAGAAAUCACUUCAAAUGCUAGGGAUCUUGAGCAUCACAUGUCGCAGCAUAAAGUUCAGCGAGGAUUUUCAUGUCCACAGUGUGGUGCUUCUUUUUUUCUCAGACAGAGCUUAUUGGACCACUGCAAUCUUCAUGAUCAGGAACAUGUUCACAAGAGUAUAGAUCCGGUAAAUCCAGAUGAAUCGGCAAAAAAGAAACCGUCACUGGCCAGCAGUUUGCAUUGCUACCGCUGCUUUGAAACGUUCCUUGAUUUGCCUUCCUUGAAGUGCCAUAUAAAUUUGAGAAACUCUGAUGGUGGAUGCAAGGUUACAAAAAAACCAGAAGUUAACAGCGGACAGGUUUAUAGCUGGACAAAAAAAGAGAAAACAAAGGAUUCCCUGAAAAGUCCAAGCAGUGCUGAAACCAUUACUUCAGGGGAGAUUAUUGAGCAAAAACUCAGGGAAAACUGCACUCAGGAGUCCACUCAUACUCAUAGAUCAGUGCCACCAGAUUUACGUGUCAAGGCACACAGUCCCAAAAAUUCAAACAAAAGCAGUGUUAAUGAAAGACCAUUACGAUGUGGAAAGUGCAAGUUUCAAUGUGUUUCGUUUCAAGAACUGGAGAGGCAUUUGCAUAUUUCUCAUGGUCAUCGAAAAGGCCUUCUGUGUGAAAAGUGUGGGUCCAGCUUCAUUCUUGGGGGGAGCCUUCGUGAGCACAUGGCAUUUGUACACCGAGGGAACUCUGACACUCAGAUAAAAAUUGUGCAUUCUAGAAAAAAAGUAGCCAGCGGACAUCUUGAAAGUAGGCAGCCUGCAUUAGAUUUAGGUUCUAACCCAAGAGGUCUUUCUCAGGAACAGAUUAAGAUUGAUACUGUCAGUUCCCCGGGAAUGUCUCCAAGAGAAAAAAUUGUUGAGCACAAAAAUGGCAUGCAUAAACCUUUUGUCAGUUCUGAGAUGUCAGCAAAGAAUGGAAAAGCUGAGCCACCGUCAAGCAGGCACAGUACUCCAUGGAAAGAGGACAACAAUACUGUGGAAAUUUGCUCAGCUAUGAUGCAGAGCGAUGUGUGUGAUCUUAAAGAUUGUUCUGUGAAAGAGAAUAAGAGUCACUCUGGAGGAAGAAGUAUCAUGCAAAAACCGUUGAUAGAUUCAAAGAUUUUAGAACAAAGUGGAAAGGUAGAUUCAUCAGGACAGUAUUCGGCUUUGAAGCAUGUGAAGACAAAUAUUCAACCAGCUGCAGAAAAUAAUGACAAAUUUGAUGUGAUGAAAUGUAGAGUGAGAGAUGUACAAAAGCAGUUCAAUGGUUCAAAAUUUUCAGUUCAGGACAGAAAAGUAGAGACAACAAUUGGGCCUUCACCUCUAAAGAGAGGGGAUAAAAAGAAAGCUGAUGUUUGUGUCACGGUGAAAGAUGACAAAUCUUAUGUGAAAGGUAUUGCUGUUGUCAAGGAUACUGCCAUUCCAUCUGAAAAAAAAGGUUUUCUUACGUCCUCCGUUGACUUUAUACUUUCAGAGCAAAACAGAACAGUGCAAUUAUCUGGUGGGCAUUGUAAUGUUAAGGAUGCUGCUGGGGACAAGUGUGACAACUCUAAUGGAGGACUACUUAAAUGUAAAUCAUUCAUGCUUUCAAAUUUUUCAGAACAAAAUAAAGAAACUGACUCAACAAGUGAGUUUUCGGCUCAAAAGGAGGAGAAAAAGAAGACUGAAAUUUUCGUUUCAAGGCAGGGUGAUAGAUUUGACAUUAAUGGUGGUGUGGGGAAAAACUGUACGAGUCACAAGUCUAAAGGAAGGGGUUUGAUUAAACUUGAACCUGUUGCCACUUCCACAGCUUCUGUGCAAAAGAAAAAACAGUCCAUAAGAUCGCCUUUAAUUUCAAAGAAAGAAAUGAAAUGUGUCACUGAUGUAAAUGAUGACAAAUCUGUGUUGAAAGAAACUGUUGUGAAAGAUUCUAGUAAUACUUCUUUAGAAGAAAAACUCCAUAAAUCAUUUAUUUCCAAACAAAAUAAAUCGGUUAUGUCAUCUGGUGAGGAUUUGAAUCCAAAGAAAGAGGAGAAAAAGAAGUGUGAAAAUUGUGAUAGGCCUGCAGCGAAGAUUAUGGAGUCGAAUCUAGCCACGGUCGACUCAAGCAGUAACUUACCGGGAAGAGAUGUACUCCAACCGUUUUCGGAUUCAAGAAUGUUAAAAAAAGACAGGAAAGAAGAGUCAUCUGAGGGAAAUUCUACCCUUAUGAAAGAAGAGAAAAAGACACCUGAAAUUCCAGCUGCAGAGAUAGAUAGUAAGUGUGCUGAGGAUACUGCUGUGAAGGACCCUUGCUGCAACUCUCGUGAAAGAAAUGUGCAGAAACUGAAUAUUGAUUCCCGAUUUCCAGAACAAAACAAAAGUGUAAAGUCGAACAACAUGCUUUCGAGUUCUGAGAAAGAUGAGAGAAAGCAGGUGGAAUUUUCACCUACAGCGGAGGACAACAAAUCAGGUCGUGAAAUUUCUGUUGAAGAGGACUCUAGCAGUACCUCCCAGAGAAUAGAUGAUCUUGGUCUGGAAACAGUUUCGGACAGUGAGAGUUACUUUUCUGAAACUGUGGAGCCCUCAAGACGUGAAGCCACUCGGCCUGUCAACAAGGUCAAGUUGGGCAGGUCUCGUUCAUCAAGGGGAAGAGGACAUAUUUUUUCAAGACCUCAUUACUCACAAAAGAAUAAAAUACCUUGGGCGUCAAGGCCUUCAAUUCCAAGAACGGAUAGGAGUCCUGUUUAUUCAAGACCUUAUGCAUCAAAUAAUGAAAGUCCUUUUUUUUCAAGACCUCCAUAUUCACCAGGGGAUGAGAGUCCUGCAAGACCUCCUUAUUCUCGAAGAGACAGGAGUCCUGUUCGUUUAAGACCUCCUUAUUCCCCCUUGGAUGAGGGUCCUGUUUAUGCAAAAACCCCUUAUUCACAUAGAGAUAGGAGCCCUGUUUAUUCAAGACCUUCAUAUUCUCCAAGAGAUCAGAGUCCUGUUUAUUCAAGACCUCCUUAUUCACCAGGGGAUGAAAGUCCCGUUUAUUCAAGAGGUUCGUAUUCAUCAAGGUCUUUUUCUCCUAUUGACCGGGGCACUUGUUCAUCUUCCAGAAAUGGAGAGUCUAGAAAUGAUAUUCUCAGUUUUAUUUCUGACCCUUCAAAAAAUUAUGAAAAAAUGGCAUAUUGGGAAAAGGCAACUCUGCGGAGUAAUCAACAUAGGCCUAAUGAAUCUGACAGGUUUCGUCAAUCUUAUCGUAGAGCACAUUUUGCAGAGCCCUGUACAUUUUCCGGCUUUCUCCCAGAUUCAGACACUGUCGACUGGCAUUCCCUGGAUCCAUAUAUUGGAAGGAAUCACCACGAAAGCUAUCAAGCGUUUAGCAAUGACCGCUGAGAUUUAUACUUUCCAUGGCCAUCGAAGAUUUGACUCAAUUUGAGAUGUAAUAAUUUGUUAACCAUGUCCACCUUUGUGGAUCCCUAUGAAUGACAUAUUUCCCAGUCUCGCUCAAACUCAUACUGCUGAAGAAGUUGGCUUUUAUAGAAAUUUCUGAGGUUUUUAUCCUUUGAAAUCUAUGUACAGUGGAGAAUGCAAUGUUAGAAUAGAUUCAAACUUACUGUCGGACAAAGGGGUGAAUACAUGUCGAUGUGUUGAGGUACCGACUUGUUCUCCUUUGGUUACACAGAGCUGAGGACCUUCCUCUUAGUAGUUGACUUUUUCCUAAUAUUUAUAGGUAUCUUUAUAUUUUGUUUUUUGCUGUCCCAUCACUGCCCAUCAUUAAUCACACUGCGUGCUUCUGUACAUUAACUUUUCCCCCCCUCUCUUUCUCAUCAUUGAUGCAGUUGUUUCAAGGCUCAGGAAAUGUUGACUUAGUACUGGUACUAAACAGAAAAAGCAUUAGUAGGCCUACUAAGCGAAUUUUUUUAUAAGCUGUAUAUUAUAAUAAUGCAAUGUAAGCUCUAAUGUGUUGCAAUGUAUUUCUUGGUUAAGGCACACUGUACCAUACAAAUGCUUUUGAAGCAAAUGUGUGUACGUUUGUUAUGAUCUGUCCUUGUUAUCUCAAUAUUUCCAAUGCAGUAAUACUAGUAAUGGCCGACAGAGUAGAGGUGGGUUUUUUUUUCUUUUAUGUACUGUGCUUUUACUUUUAAUGUUAUAAUCUUGAUUUCAUAAUUUGGUAGGCCUUCUUUGCCAAAUGCUUUAUAAGUUCACUACCGGUACUAGGCAAAGUUUUGUGCUCAGCAUUUAUUUCUCCUUCUGUCAUUUGGCAUGUCAAAGUAUUUUUCUACAGUUACUCGUGACUAAUUCUAAAUGCUUCAAAUUUUAUGUCUGCAGUUGCAUGUGAAAGAUUUCUAAGGUCCAGACCAUUUAAUAUAAUUUAGCAGAGAAAUGGUCUUCCAUACAUUUUACAUGUGGUAUGAUAUAUAUAUAGCCCAGGUGUUCCAGUGAGUAAAAAGGUGUGUUGAGAAAGCGAAAGAGAGGCUGAGAUCUUUGUAAAACGGCCACUUGUACUGUUGUUUUUUUACUUUAACUUUAGUUGAAAAUGGUGUCUUUAAAUAUGGCUACCUUUUUAGACAUCCGUUAUUUCUGCUUUCAGUAUUGAUGAUCCAUUACGUUCUUGAUUACUUGUUUUUCUCCCCAAUUAUCUUUGAAAAAUUCUUCUAUUUAUUUUGGCCAACAAUUUAAAGUGUCCCCUUUGUCCUUGAAAAUAUUUCUCCUUUUGAUCUUAUUUGCACUGAUCAUUUAUCCAUAAUAUUAUGGUCUUUUACGUGAUCUUUACUUGUUAGUUUAAGAGUUUUACGGCACUUGCUACACAAUUAGGUCAUAUGAAUAUAAGUGCCUAUUAAAACUGUUACAAGAGUGUAACAAACACAAAUAAAAGAAGGAAAAGGGUGAUGGAUGCUUGAUAGGAAUAAAGGAACAUUCUACAUCAGAGCACCCGCCAACCACCCACUUCUUUACAUUUUUUUCUUUAUUUCUAAAGUGUUAUACUUUUCCAUCUUUGAGGGCACUCUGUUUGCACAGUUGGUAGUCUAUCACGCUGGACUAUGGAGCCGAUGACCCUGGUUCAAAUCCCAGAAUGGGCAUUCUUGAACUUGGGACAUUUGGUGGAGUUUUCAAGACUUUCAACUGA